AUGGAUGUGAUACGGGGAGCUUGCUCCAAGGAUAAAGUGGGAGGAAUGGUUUAUAUUAGAGAAGAUAUAGUACCAUCAAUGUUAGAAUGGAAAGCAAUAGAAGAUGAUAAAAACUUUAUAAAUAUACCAUUAAAUAAAUUAAUAGCAUUACAAGCAUCUAAAGAAACAACUCCCAAAAUGAUCUUACAAAUAAGUUAUAAACUAGAUGAUAAUCAACCAGAACCAACUAAAAUGAGAUUAAAUUUUAAUAAUCGACCUACAAUGAAUAAUAUAAAAGAUGCAUUACAAACAAUCGUAGCGAGAUCAAGAACAAGAGUUGAAGGUUCAUCUACUCCUACACCUCAACAAAGUUCAACUCCACAAGGUUCACAAGACUCAGCAACUCCUACACCUACAUCUUCUUCUUCAUCUUCAUCAUCACAAAAAUCAUUCCAAUCACAAUUAUCACUUUCAGAUUCAAACUUGUUAAAAAAUUUCGAAUUACAACAAAAAUUAUUAUUGGAAGAUAAGAAUCUACGAAAUAUUUUUACAAAAUCAGUAAUGAAUUUUAAAUUAUCCCCCACGAUUUUUUGGUCAAGUCGUAUAAAUCAAUUAAGAACAUUUGCAUUAACAAUUUCUCAACAUAGAGGUCCAUAUAAUGUAUUAAGUACUAUAAAACCAGUAGCAACUUCAGAUAAUCAAGUAAAUGUUAAUGUUACUAGAGAUACUAUAAAUGAAAUAUUUGAAAUUUAUCCUAUUAUAAAAAGGGCAUUUCAAGAUUUAGUACCUCAGAAAUUACUGGAAGGUGAAUUUUGGUCAAGAUUUUUUAAUUCUAAAUUAUUUAGAAGGUUAAGAGGAGAUAAAAUUGGGUUGAAUAGUGGUAGAGGUGAUGCUAUAUUGGAUAAAUAUUUAUAUAUGGAUGAUAAAUUAAUUAAUGAGGAGGUUAUUGCAAAUGGAAAAGAUGACGAGAAACGGAAUGGUGAUGAUUCAACGGAACAAUCAGCUAAAAGAAGAAAAUUGGAUGAAAUGAACCUGAAUCAUAUUAACAAAUUCUUAGAUUUAUCAGGGAAUGAACAAGAUAAUUCCCAAAAAUUAGGUAAUAGACCAGAUAUGACAAUGAGAUAUGAUGAUGAUAAUGAUGAUACUUCAACAACUAAAUCAAAAAGAGAAAAUGAAAUGAUUAUAUUAAUGAAAAAUAUGAAUAAAUUAUCAUCUAAAAUGAUGAGUAUGAGUUCUCAAGGUAUACCAACAAAACCGGAAACCACUAUAGAUGGAUUGUCAGCAAAUGAAGUUAAUGAAUAUGAAGAAGAUUUAAAUCUUCAUGAUUUAAAUGAUGUUAAUGACUCCCAAUAUAUUACAUUGAAUAUUAAUACAAAUAAUGAAAGCGUUUCAAAUGAGAAUAAUAAUGUUAUAAAUGAUAAUAGUCAAGUUAAUAGUGAUUCAAAUAUGGACCUAGACGAACCUAAGGAAAAUGUUAAUGACUUAGAUCUUAAUGAAUAUUUCUUAAAACAAAUACAAACAAAUGAAAUAAAUUUAAGUGAUACUUUUAAAAAUAAAAAUCAAGAUAUUGAAAAAACUUAUCUACAAAUAUCAAAUUUAAUAAGACAAAAUUUUAAAACUUAUAAAUUAAUUAAUAAAGAAGAUACAACAUCAUCAUUUAUACAACAACCAACAAAUAUAAUACCAGAUUUAUUAAUUCAAGAAAUAAUUACAUAUAAUAUAACAAUUGUAGAAUUUUUAUCACAUUUUUGGAAAUUAUUUUUAAAUAAUUCAAAUAAUUCAAAUCAAUUAAAAAAAAUAUUUACAUCAUUAAAGAAUUGUUCAAAUUCAUUAAAAGAAUUUAAAAUCAAAUCUAUAAAUGAUUUAAAUUCAAUUGAUUUAAUUUCAAAUAAUGAAAAAUUAAAAGAUAAAGUAUUAAAAGAUUUUAAUUCUUGUCUUGAACCAAUGGAAAUAAGUUUAGAUAAUGCUUUAAAUAAAUAUACUGAAGCUGUUAAAAUUAAUAGUAAUAGCGUCUCAGAGAAAUAG